AUGCGGUUACCCCAAGCAGCAUUCCUGGCAUGUGCCAGUUUCGCAAUUCUGGCCACUAUCUGGUACAUGGCUACUUUCUCGACAGUAGACGCUACAAAAUGGAAAUUACCGUCUAGUGUUGGUAAUUCCAAGCCAAACAAGGUGAAAAUCCAAAAAACGGCUACCGCUCCAGUAGACCCUAUUCUGCUGCCUCCUAAGACCAAGACCCUUGCCAAGGUGCCAAUACCCACCACCACCACUGAGGUUCUUACUGAUACAGAAAUGCAAAUUGAGAGACUUCAAGAGGCACUUCGAUCAAAGGAUAAGAAGAUUGCCGACAGUGUGCAACAACUGAAAGAUAAAGAUCGGCUUUAUAAUGAAGAACAAGAAAAGAAAGAUAAAGAAGUGGCUGCAAAGUUAGACGCUCUCAAGAAAGCACAAGCUUCUCUUAACGACCAAAAGGAAAAGGUCCAGAAAGAGAAGGAGGAGGAGCGGAAAAAGAAGGAAGAGGAGGAACGCAAGAAGAAAGAAUUGGAGGAAGAGAAGAAGAAAAAGGAGGAAGAAGAGAAAAAGAAAGAAGAGGAAGAUAGAAAAUCUCUUACCGAUGCUUACUACAUCAUCCGUGAUCGAAUGCUGUUAGAAGAGCAUAAACUAUUAGAACCCAUUGAGAUUCCUGAUGAAGAGCGUCAUAACCACUAUGACAAAGAUAACAAACUGAUGCCCAAUGGAAAGAAGAUUCUUCUACUGUCUGCCUUUGACGGUGCUGGUUCUACCGAUAACGAUCUGACCGAUCUGUUUAUGAGCAACCGUGAGGAGUAUGCCAACUACCACGGAUACACCCAUCUUUUUGUCAACACCACCAAAUACAAGAAGAACGACAAGCUCAAGCGACCUGCCGUGUGGUUUAAGCUACCUGCUAUUAAAGAAGCUUUUGAAAAGUUCCCAGAAGUCGAGUGGAUCUGGUGGGUCGAUACCGAUAUCAUUAUCAUGAACGAAGAAAUCGACCUGGCAGCUCAUGUUCUCAACCCGUAUGUCCUAUCUAACAGAUUGACUUACGAACGACCUGUGAACGAUCUUGGAGACCAUUUCAGUGGAUCAUUAUACCCCGCGCGUGAUCACGUCGAUGUAGACAAUAUCGACAUCAUCUUUACCCAGGAUCAUCUGGGUAUCAAUGCCGGUUCGUUCUUCAUCAAGCGGUCGUGGUUUGCCGAGUUCGUGCUCGACAUGUGGGGCGACAAGUUCCUGAUCGAGUCGAAAUUCCCCCGAGAAGAACAGGACGCAUUUAUCUACCUGUUCACUAACCACAAAACGGUGUUCCACCACACCGGUCUCGUUCCCCAGCGCAUGAUGAACGCGUACCACGGCUACUACCUCCAUACAGCCAACUGGCAAGAAGGUGAUCUGUGUAUCCACUUUGCCGGUCACAACAAGGGACUCGGGUUCGAGAAGAACUUUGCCCACUACUGGGGACUGCGUAAGCGAGUUCCCAAGGAGUUCCAAAUUAACGUCCCCGAAGAAGAGGCCAAACUCAAGGUGAUUGCCGAUAAAGCCCAGAAAGAGAAGGAAGAGCAAGAACGGCAAAAGAAGGAGAAAGAAGAGCAAGAAAAGAAAGAGAAAGAAGAAAAAGAGAAACAAGAAAAGGAAGAAAAGGAAAAGAACGGCAAACAAUAG